AUGAAUGUUCUCAAAAAUCAAAUGAGGAUGACUGUCAUUGGUGGAGGGGCGAGAGCGGCAGCCUUAGACUUGGUGCAACCUGACGUCGCCAGCUCCCUUGGCGUGUCGUUGCUACCAGAAGCUGACCCGCUCCCAUGUAUGUUCAGGAAGGCUCCGGGCACUUCUGCCAUACCAGUUCUGACACUCAACAGAGGUAACAACGAUAACAGAAACAGCUGUCGAAAACAUGAGUAUGAGCUGCAGCUGGUGGCGGUGUCUGGGAAGGAGAGCUCGAGGGCAGGGCUUCUGGUGAGGGUGCUGGACGCCAACGACGAGCCGCCAGUGUUCCAGCAGGCCGUGUACCGCGCAGAGCUGCAGGAGGAGGAGGACCCAGCUCACCUGCCCAGGACUAUCAUUACGGUGAGAGCUGUGGACGGCGACGUGGGCCGGCCUCAGGACAUUGUGUACUCCAUCUCAGGCCCAGGCGUCGCUCCAGAAGGCUCUGGGGACGACGACUUCUUCCGUGUUGACCCCAAUACUGGAGAAAUUUUCGUGCUAAAGCCUCUGGACCGCGAUCCCCCGGCAGGCCGCCCGCUGUGGCGGUUUACGGCUUUCGCGCAGGACGAGGGCGGUGCCGGGCUCGUGGGCUUCGCCGACGUGCAGGUCACUCUCAGUGACGUCAACGACAACUCACCCUUCUUCCCACAGCCGCUGUACCACGGCUACGUCGUCGAAAACGCUCCUGCAGGUACGUUCAUUCUGAACGUCACAGCAGUGGACAAUGAUGACCCAUAUGAAGGAAGCAACGCCAAACUGAGAUACUCAAUUGAAAAAAAUGCCGUGGAUGAACGAACAGGCUCGCCCAUGUUUGAAAUCGACCCUGACACUGGCGAAAUAAUGACGGUGGUUUGCUGUCUGGACCGAGAGCGUACGCCCAGAUUUACCAUUCAGGUUGUCGCUAUAGACGGAGGAGGCCAGGAAGGAACAACAACUGUAUCAAUCACAGUGAAAGAUGUGAAUGACACACCACCAGAAUUUUCUAAACUGGAAUGGUUUGUGGAAGUGGAUGAGACGGAUGGAGAUAAUAUCCCAAGAAAGCCUAUUCUUACUGUAACUGUUCGUGAUCAGGAUGAAUCCAACACGUUUCAGUUUAAGGUUGUCGAAAAUAGUGGCUACGGUUCAAAUAAAUUUUCACUUGUGAGAAAUAAUGAUGGAACUGCUUCACUCAAAGUAAUUCGACCCUUGGAUUAUGAGGAUACCCAUGGCAACAUCAUGAGGUUCCAAAUACAGGUUACUGAUAAGGGUGAUAAUGAUACAUCACAACAAUAUUACACAAGAUAUGCUUGGGUAACUGUUAAGCUCAGAGAUAUCAAUGACAAUAUGCCUGUGUUUGAGAAACUUCAUGCUGAGGUUACAUUACCAGAAGACGUUGCAGCGGGAAAAAUAGUUGAAAUAUUUAAUGCAAAGGAUCCUGAUGGUGAUGGCAAGAGCAAAGUGUCUUACAGUAUCUCAUAUGAUCUAGAUGCUUUGCAGCACUUUUACAUCAAUCAGGAUGGCAAAAUACUGAUUAAGAAAGAACUUGAUAGAGAAGUCACUCCUUGGCAUAAGGUUAACAUCUUAGCAGUUGAUGAUGGAAUUCCAGCAAAGACAUCCACAGCAACUUUGUUAGUCAUUGUUGAAGAUGUUAAUGAUAAUCCACCACAUCUCCUGGAGAAUUAUAACCCUGUUUUAUAUGAGCAUACACCACCUACAGAAAUUAUAGAAAUACUUGGAGCAGAUGCUGAUGAUUAUUCAAGAAAUAAUGGGCCACCAUUCACAUUUAGAAUGGCUCCCAAUGCAGAUGAUAAGAUCAGGCAGUCAUUCAGUGUAACUUUUGAUCAAAAAGGUCCGAAUGGCCAUGGCUCAGCUGUUAUAUCAUCAUUGAGGUCUUUUGACCGAGAAGAACAAAAAGAGUACUUUGUACCUAUACUAGUGACAGAUGCUGGCCACCCUCAGCUCUCUGGAACAGCAACUGUGAGAAUUGUUAUUGGUGAUAUCAAUGACAACAAAAUGGGACCUGGAAAUAAAAAUGUGUUGGUUUAUAAAUAUCAGGAUCAAACUCCAGAAACAGAUAUUGGGAGAAUAUAUGUUGAAGAUCCAGAUGACUGGGAUUUAAGAGAUAAAACAUUUUAUUGGAGGACAUACGAACAUCAUAGAUUCAAAAUUGAUGAAGACACUGGGAUGAUUACAAUGAAGCAUAAUACACCUGAUGGAAUCUAUAAGCUGGAUUUCAGAGUAUGUGAUCACAUACACUUGCAGAACAAUGUGACAGCAAGUGUGACUGUCACAAUUAAAACUAUUCCAUAUGACAGAGUAAUUAAUUCAGCAUCAGUACGAUUUCAUGGAAUAUCAGAUGAAGAUUUUGUAAGAGAAUUGAAUGAAACAGAUAACAGAGUGGAACGUUUUAGAAGCUACGUUGCAGAAAUACUCAACACUGGAAAGAAAAAUGUGGACAUUUUCAGUGUAAAGCAGCACAGCUGGCAGCCUCCUGUACUUGACAUUUUCUUUUCUGUUGCUGCUUCAAGACCUCAAAGACAUGAAACAGUAAAUGGCCUUUUGCAGAUACAUAAAGAAGAGGUCAUCAUUCUACAAGACAAAUUUCCUGAGAGAUGUGUAUGCCCUGUUGGUUUCAAAGGACCUCGUUGUCAACAGACAGUGAGAAGUUUUCAGACUGGUGGAUGGGCUUGGUUUUCUUCACUCCAUCCACAAGCUGAAAAUCACCUCAGCCUAGAAUUCAUAACACAUAAAGAAGAUGGUGUGCUGUUGUACAAUGGUCCUUUGUCAUUCGCCACUUCAAAUAAUGUAUCAGAUUACAUUGCAUUAGAGAUAAGGCAGGGUGAACCCAGACUGUUGAUACAUAUAGAUGAUAACACAAUAGAACUAAUCUUGAAAGUAACAAACUAUGUAAAUGAUGGAAAAUGGCAUCAGGUUGACAUAUACUGGAACCACAAGAAUAUUCGCCUUCUGCUUGACCACUGCAAAUCGGCUGACGUAUUGGAAGUGAAAGAAAUAUCAGUACCCUUCUUCAAUAGAACCAGCUGCAUGGCUGAAAAAGAACUGCCUCCAUUCAGCAGGCAACUCCUUUUAAACAGUCCUCUUCAGAUCGGUGGUAUUUACUGGAAGUUAUUACCUACAGAAAUGCGGAUGUGGAAUGCAAGUCCAAGUCCUGCAAAUUUUGAUGGCUGUCUGAGCAACCUAUUUUACAAUGGACAGAUCUUGGACCUAUCUGAUUCACUACUGUCCAAGAACACAGCAGUUGGCUGCCAACAUACGGAAAGUUCUUGCAGGACGCUGAACUGUUCAGGACAUGGGACAUGCCAGGCUGACCUGACAGACACUCCUCCCUGGUGCUGGUGUGAUGCUGGUUGGAGUGGGCCUAACUGCUCUGAGCCAACACAGCCUGUCACAUUCCUGCCUCACAGUUACAUCAAGUUCGCCCUCUCUUUUGAGACUGAUCGCUUCAUGACCUUAGUGCAGCUCAGAUUUCGAACUGAGGAGCCAGAGGGCGAGCUAUUUCGACUUUCUGAUCAAUACACUAAUGAGUAUGCUGUCCUUGAGAGAUGA